GCUGCAGGGGAGUCACAGAGCAGCUAUCCACGUGAUCCUACGGAUGCGCUACUUUGUCGCUAAGAAGAAAUUCCAGCAAGCACGUAAGCCCUAUGAUGUGCGAGACGUGAUCGAGCAGUAUUCCCAAGGACACCUGAAUCUCAUGGUGCGCAUCAAGGAGCUACAGAGGAGACUGGACCAGUCUCUAGGGAAGCUGACCCUGUUCCAGACUAGCUCAGACAAAGCCAAAGACAAAGGCACCAACACCAUCGGCUCCAGACUCAACAGGAUGGAGGACAAGAUACAACGCAUGGACCAGACACUCAACCAAAUCGCAGAGUCCCUUACCCAGCUGUUGUCUGGGACAAGCCAGGGGGACAUGGGGGGAGCACAGGGGCAAGGUAGGAGGAGGUCACAGGGUGGGGCAGGUGUCCCCAGCCAGGAUAGCCUACCCAGCUACGAGCAGCUCUCCACCUCGACCCUCCAUCCACCCCUCAACCCCAGCCUCAGCCAAGACAAGAGCUCCUGAAUCGACCCUUCAUCCACCCCUCAACCCCAGCCUCAGCCAGGACAAGAGCUCCUGAAUCCACCAUCCAUCCACCCCUCAACCCCAGCCUCAGCCAGGACAAGAGCUCCUGAAUCGAC